AUGCCUGAAAAGGGUUUAGCCGAUCCGCUCUCGUUCGCGAAAGAUUUCAUCGCCGGUGGUGUGUCCGCCGCCGUCUCCAAGACAGCGGUAGCCCCGAUCGAGCGUGUGAAGCUGCUUCUCCAGGUACAGCAUGUAUCUAAGCAAAUCGCCGAGGACCAGCGCUACAAAGGUAUCGUUGACGCUUUCGUCCGCAUCCCGAAAGAGCAGGGUCUGCUCUCAUUCUGGCGUGGUAACCUUGCCAACGUCAUCAGGUACUUCCCCACACAGGCUCUUAACUUCGCCUUCAAAGACAAGUACAAGCAGGUGUUCCUCGGUGGUGUAGACAAGAACACCCAGUUCUGGCGCUACUUCGCCGGUAACUUGGCUUCUGGUGGUGCCGCUGGAGCCACAUCUCUCUGCUUUGUAUACCCACUCGACUUCGCCCGUACACGUUUAGCCGCUGAUGUCGGUAAAGGUGAUGGACAACGUGAGUUCAGCGGUCUCGGAAACUGCCUGACCAAGAUCUUCAAAUCGGACGGUAUCAGCGGUCUCUACAGAGGAUUCGGUGUAUCCGUACAGGGUAUCAUUAUCUACCGUGCAGCCUACUUCGGAUUCUAUGACACCGCCCGUGGCAUGUUACCUGACCCUAAGAACACACCGAUUGUAAUCAGCUGGGCCAUCGCUCAAACCGUCACAACAGUUGCUGGUAUCAUUUCAUAUCCAUUCGACACUGUACGUAGGCGUAUGAUGAUGCAGUCUGGACGUGCUAAGGCUGAUAUCCUAUACAAGGGCACACUUCACUGCUGGGCAACCAUCGCCAAGACUGAGGGUGGCGGUGCCUUCUUCAAGGGAGCCUUCUCGAACGUACUCAGAGGCACAGGUGGUGCUUUCGUACUUGUCUUAUACGAUGAAAUCAAGAAACUCCUCUAA